AUGAGGCUGCUGCAGCAGCAGAAGGAGCAGAGCAAUGGUGUUGUGUCUGCCACCCCCGCUUCUUCCCAGUCACAGGGAGAUGAGGCCCCCUCAUCGUCUCAGUCAUCGGUGGGUGGACAUAGAGCUGACCGGAGAAAAGGCGGGUCUAGGAAAGCAACAGGCUCAUCUGCGUCUGAGCGCACUGAUCAGGAGAAAGAUGCUGCCAGUGCAGCAUCUGAUGUGCUCAAUGAGGUGAUACGAUUUGCCAACAAGCAUGGCAAGUGGGAUUUCAUGGUAUGUGGUAGGGUGUCGUGA